AAAUACGUGAUAAUCCAAUGAAAAUUGUGAAAGCUAUAGUAUGAGUUCUUUCCGACAAAGCUUAAUUAAAACAUUUAGGGAAUAUUAUAACAGAGAACUGAUCAGGACGCGUACAUGUAUUCACUCCAUAAGCCCCGCCAGGCACGGUCAAGCUCUACAGAAACAACAUCGUGAACUUUAAACCUCACCGGCAGUUGAUUUGUACCAUAAAUCUUCAAAUAAUAACAGAACAGAGGGCGUGUUUACUUAACUGUUAUACUCCGGGGCAAGACAGAGGUUAAUUAAUGAUCUGGCAAUCUUGAAAGACUUGAUUAUACAUACCCAUCAGUCUUUGGAGAGAACAAUGAAGGAGAAAUCACCUGCCAGAACCAGCUCACAACGGGUAACCGGAUUCUAGGACGCCGAACUCCCAAAAGCACCAUUUUACACACCGUUACGCUUGUAUGCAUUCUGAUAUUAUACUCAUGGGAGUUUCGUAGCAGCUCUAGCAGAAUACAUGACUAUCCUUAGGGAACAUUUAACACAGGCUGGAACUUUUGAUCACAAGUUCCCCCAAAUCAAAUUUAUGGUGUGCAAGUGUUACACAUAACGCAAUCUCAAGUGCAUUUCUGAAAUGUAUAUAUUCAUGCUGCAGAGGUACUAAUUCUCGGAGAGGUGGUUCAGUCAUAUGAUUUGCAUUUUUCUAGGAAAUAAAGGUCAGGAGGACACAAACUUAGUACAACAGGAUAAUAACAGAUAAUUCUGGAGAUAUUUUUGCACUUUCCGGAAUUUUUGUGUAGUGAUAACAUUGUUUCUUUCGCGAAUGACUUAAGCAUUGGAAUUUUGGAUCUCCGCAGGUGCAGUAACAGGAAAAGGAGAACUGGAAAAGUAUGUGAGAAAAGCUUUUUGUGAAUAUGAGGGGGUAGCUCAUAUGAAGCAAUGUUUCCGCGGCGUGCAUUGUGUGUGAGUGGAGUCGUCGAUUUAGAUAUCAGAUGUUGAAGAUAUGACGAUGAAAUAAAUUCAGAUAUUGCUUGCAUCUUUUGGGUGGAGUUGCAGAUAAUUCUGGUGAUAAACUCUCUGCUUUUUAUUGAGUGUUAGUAAAACGAUUUGAAUGAGGGAACUGUUCAUCAACGACGGAAAUAUUGUAUCUUGGAAAUACCAUUUUUUGGUGCCAAAAAAAUUAAAUGCAAAACACUGGGUGACUACUGUGUUGUACAAAUAAUUGAACUAUCACCGUGUUAGCACUACGCUUCGACACCAAUAGGUUUAUAAACUAGUUAAAGUGUCGAAAAAUCCAAAUGGGUCAACAGACAGUAAGUCGAGUGGCGACGAGUCGGUUCCACCAAUGGCUGCUGCCCGAGAAGACGGUUAUAGGGCUCCUGUCCCUGGGGCUCAUUCUGGUCUUUGUGGGGGCCAUUCUGUUAGGUGUGGCUUCCUUAAUAUCGGGGAUGGUCUUCUCCAUCGUCGGUGGCCUCCUGUUGGCGGCCGGCCUCAUCAUUCUGCUCAUCUGUAUUUGCCUGUGUGCGCAUGCGUGCUGCGUGUGGCACGUGCAUGACAAGGACACGCAGACGGUAGAAACGACAAUCAUAGGCGCUGACCAGGUGGACGGGGAGUGGUACUCGGGCUACGGAACCGCCGAUAAACGGGUCCCUAAUGGCGUGUUGAGGGACGGGCGGCAACAGGGCUCACUCACCAAGAAACACGUGACCAUCUCGCCUCGCUCAACCGAUAGUUUCUCGAGCGGCUACAUGUCCGGCCGCCAGGCAGACGGCUCUAUGAAAUCUAGUGAAUUCUAUGGACCGCGGUCGCCGGUGAAAUCGGCCCAGUCCGGCCCAGGUUCUGUGUCGUCUGAUAUGUCGACGUUAGCAUCGUUUGCGUAUCUUAACAAUCCUAGUCCUGCUUCUCCCUACAGCUCAAUGAGCAACAAGAAUCAAAGCCACCAGACUAAUAUACCUAUACAGCAUACUAGUAUGCAGCACGGUUUUGGCUCCGUGCCAAGAAAUAUGAGUGAUGGUCGCAUGGCGCAGGUGCGUCCGUAUUACACAGAUCAAUCCGGUUCCGUAAGAACAAACCUACCACCAGAACGACGUCACUCUGAUGACGACUACGAUAACGCCGGUGAUAUGGUGCCAAUAUUACCUCAGCAGACGUAUCAUCCACAACCGCAGCCGUCACCAUGGCAACACGAGAUAUCGCCAUGGCAACAUCAACAACAGCAACAACAACAACAUAGAGACAGUGGACAUUUUAGUAGUCAAUGGCAACACUCGCCUCAGCAGACGACAGUUUGGCAAUAUCAGACGAAUGUUGACGGACAACAACAACCAACAUGGCGACCUCCGCCACAUCCCCGUGACGAAAUGGCCCCCGCCGCUCAACCGCUUGUUCGUCCCUCCCAGAAGCGGCCUAUGACCUUUGAGCAAAUAUCUUCCUCCAAAGUUAGUCUGUAUGACAAUAUUCAUAUGAAUCGUCCUGAUGAAGAUGAAUGAAUAAGAUGACAUAUAUGGAACGGUUUGGACUACGUUUGGUGCUAUAUGAUAUUAUGUUGUGAUACAUGUAUUCAUAUAUUGAAAGUGCUCUGAAUUUAGGACGAGUUUGAAAUCGCUUAUUUGUUUUAAAUGUUGGGAGUUUGGGCUUAUGUCGCAACUGUGCCAUUUAAUGAGUGCAAAAUAUUAUUGUAUUAAAUGUGUGGAUACUUAUGAUAUUUUAAACUUGCUGCACUUGUGAAAUUGCAUCAUCUGUUCUGAACAUCUGGUCUGGCCUUCAGUUGAAAUGGAUAUGACCCCAAUGGUUCUCCAUAGAAACGACACAAUGAGGUGACAAGGCCCGGAUGGCUCUCCAUAGAAAUGACACAAUAAGGAGACAAUUGAAUAUAUCUAGCAAGGUGAAACACCUAAGAUGAUAUAUAGUAUGAUGAAGACAUCAAUAUUCUGGCAAACAAGAAACGAACUAUUAUAUAGUUUGAUGAAGACGUCAAGUAUUUAGGUUAAGAAAACAGAUGAUUAUAUAGUUUGGUGAAGACGUCAAGUAUUUAGGUUAAGGAAACAGAUGAUUAUAUAGUUUGGUGAAGACGUUAGUAUCCAGGUAAAAAAAGUAAAUGUCGUUACUGAGAGUCACAGACUGACAAAUAACUAACUGUACAUGAAAACACUGCCAGUACAAACAGGCUGAACGCCAAAGUUUUGGUUGGCACUAAAAUUUAUGCCUGUACUUUCAACAAGUAUAAACUGCAAGAAUGAUAAAUGGAAUCUAGAAGCAGUUUGUUUGCUAUAACUUCAAGAACUUGGCUUCCAAACCACUGUGCAUCACCGUUUUAAGAUUGCAUUUAUCAACUUCAUGCAGGAAAACUAAUAUUUGCAAUGCAUGUAACAUUGUUGCAUAAUUAUUUGGUAAAUGGUGAAAAGCUGAAAAAAUUAAGCACUGCAUGUGUUGUAUUAUAGAUGCACGUCGACUUGAAAGUGUUUAAGCGUUAAUGGUGCUUAUUUCGUUAUGCGUUGUAAUCACUCAUAAUUCAUAUUCUGCUCACUGUUGUUAAUUGGAAAUAAUAGGGCAUGAGCUGAAUUACCAGUCCUAUACAUGUCCUUUAGACCCCUGCAACCAGGAAAAAAUAUACUUUAGGCCAUAAUAAUUUAAUAGUCAGGACGGAAAUACAUUACAAGUCUAUUUCAACUACGGAUGUAAACGUGAGACAUAAUAUGGACUCAAAUGUCUGUGGUUAAGAGCUAGUUUUUUGUAUUUCGGAUAUGUCAAAUGUCCGUUAUAUCGAAGUAUCUGUCUUUAUCCUGAUGACUUCGACAUAACGAGUUUCGACUGUAGUUUGACCUUACCUCAUCGACUUGAAAAAAAACAACAUCAACCCUUAAGUUUGUUAUGCUUUUCCGGUGUAAUAUAAUUUUAUUUUCGUAUUUUUUCAUGGAAUUAAGAUGAGGGCGGGGUAAAGCCAAUUAAAGUAUUUUCUUUGGCCUUAGGUGACCUAGAUUUACAUUCAUUUAUGAGGGUGGGGUAAAUCCAAACACAGUAUUUUCUGUGACCCUGGGUGACCUUUAUUUAUAUUCAUUUAUGAAGGCUGGGUAAAGCACAACACAGUAUUUUCUGUGACCCUGGGUGACCUAUAUUUACCAUCAUUUACGAGGGUGGGGUAACGCCAAACACAGUAUUUUCUGUGACUCUGGGUGACCUAUAUUUACCAUCGUUUAUGAGGGUUGGGUAACGCCAAACACAGUAUUUUCUGUGACCCUGGGUGACCAAUAUUUACCAUCAUUUAUGAGGGUGGGGUAACGCCAAACACAGUAUUUUCUGUGACCCUGGGUGACCUUUAUUUACCAUCAUUUAUGAGGGUGGGGUAACGCCAAACACAGUAUUUUCUGUGACUCUGGGUGACCUAUAUUUACCAUCAUUUAUGAGGGAUGGGUAACGCCAAACACAGUAUUUUCUGUGACCCUGGGUGACCUAUAUUUACCAUCAUUUAUGAGGGUGGGGUAACGCCAAACACAGUAUUUUCUGUGACUUAGGUGACCUAGAUUUACAUUCAUUUUGAUUGAUUUUGUUGCUAUAGCAGAAACUCAUAUAAAAUAAAUUGUCAUUGUCAAAUAUUUGCAAAUGGUUGUUUAAUUAUUUAGAACAUGUACAUUUCUGGGCAAACAUUCUUAGUAUUUGAGAUACGAGCAGUUUAGUAAACAUAUUACAGAAUGUCAUAUUUAAAUGUCCCUAUACCAAGUCCCAAUUUCUCAAAACAUUUCAUAUCCCUUAUAACAGGAUAAAGCCAAGCUCAAUAUUUUUGAUAUAUUUUGUGAAAUGUUUACAUUCUAAAGAUAUUUUGAACUUUAUAGCUCACAGAUUGAACGUUUGACAACUUAUUUAUUUGUCUUGGAACAAGCCAAUUUUUGCGAAAAUCCAUUGAAUCCAGUUAGAUAAAACUGAAUGGGCUCAAGAACUCUCGAGAAAAUUGGGCUUUGUAUUUAAAUCGAUUCAUUUUGCAAGUUCAUGUUUAUGUUUAUGUAGGUCAAGGUCAUGCAAUUUAUACGCAAAUAUGUUUCAUGUCAUUAUAUCUGAUAAAUGUUUUGUAAUUACAGUUGUUUUAUAUAUUGAUAUUACAUAAAUAAAGACUGUUCUCUAU